AUGGUUGCUAAAAUCUUGGAUCCGAAUAACUACACGAAGCUGUAUCUAAAUGGGGAAUACGCUCCUGCACAAAGCCAAGAAGCAUACAGCUUGAAAAACCCCAAGGAUAAUACUAUCGUUACUACUCAGGUCCCGAUCGCGGGACCGGCAGAUGUUGAUGCGGCCGUCCAGUACGCAGAGGCGGCAUUUCACGGGCCAUGGAGUCGAUUCACUGCCGUCCAGAGAACCGAGUGUCUGCUUAAAUUGGCGUCAUUACUAGAUGAAGAGCUUGAGCCCAUUCUGACACUAGACUCUCUGACAUCCAGGGUCCCGGUCUCUCUCGCUCCGGUUCGUGAGCGCAAUUAUAUGAGAAACUGUGUUUUAUAUUACGCUGGUUGGACGGACAAACAGAAAGGAGAUUAUUACCCCGCGGAUGAUGGGUUCGUAAAACUCGUCCGGCAUGAGCCACUUGGUGUUACAGCCGCUAUCAAUCCUUUUAACGCACCCUUGGCAACCUUCUUCCUCAAGGCCGCGCCGGCUCUUGCCACAGGAAAUGUAAUGAUUUUGAAGCCAAGUGAGAAAACUCCGCUAGGCUCCCUGGCCAUCGCACCUCUCUUCGACAAGGCUGGUUUCCCUCCCGGCGUUAUCCAACUAAUUACAGGGUCAGGAUCAACUGGCGCUCUACUUGCAGAGCACAUGAGGAUACGCAAAAUCGGCUUCACUGGCUCAGUACCGCCGCUUAGAGUAACCUUGAAGCGAGUCACGCUCGAGUUUGGGGGGGGGGGGGCGGCCGUUGUGUUUGGGGAUGCCAAUCUCGAAACUGCGCUCACGUGGACGGUCAACGACAUUUUGACACGAAGUGGCCAGCUCUGUGUAGCAGCCUCGAGGGUGUAUGCCCAAAAGAGUAUUGCCGACCAAUUCAUCAAAGAAUACGCGGCAAAGAUGCAAGCAGCGGCGAGUGAGUUGGGAGAUCUUCAAGAUCCGGAUACUAAGUUUGGACCCAUGGUGGAUGAAUCACAUCUUGAACGGGUGAAAUCGAUGGUGGAUCGAGCAAAAUCUGAGGCUGAGCUGGUGAUUGGAGGUGGCCAAUGUGGCAACCAUGGAUGUUAUAUGGAACCAACAGUAUUUGUGAACCCGAAGGAGGAUGCCGAAAUUUACCGCAACGAGGUAUUUGGCCCCGUCAGUGUUAUCAAGAGAUUCGACAAGGAAGAAGAGGUUUUGAAAAUGGCAAACGAAACAGAAUUUGGUUUAAUGUCCGGUGUAUUUACGCGAGAAAUCACCAGAGCUCUACGAGUUUCUUCAGCGCUGGAGUCUGGCGUGGUCGGUAUCAACUGCGUCAGUCUACAAAGCCUGCAAGCGCCUUUUGGUGGGAAGAAGCAGAGCAGCAUUGGACGAGAGUUCGGGGAGUACGCGUUGCGCCGAAGACGGUUCUUAUCAACAUGGCUGCAUAACUAG